UGUGCUUUACACGGUCAACCAUCCAUAAGCAAGCGAGUUUCUUAUGACCAUCUGAGGUCACUUGUGGGACCACACAUACUUGAUCAUAUCGAAAUAUGAAUUGAUGGAUUGUUUACUUUCUUGUUUAUGAACUUAAAAUAGACUGUCAAGACAAUUUUUAUUUUGGUUAGAAUGUAGAGGAUGUCUUUAAAGGACCAAUUCCAAAUGAAAAACAGGGGUGAUUCUGUACCACUACAUUAUAUCUCAAGUAGUGGUACAUCCAUCCUUCCUACAAAGAAACGUAUAGGCACUUUAGAUGUUGUAAAUCCUAUGGAACAAGAAUCUCUACUUGAUCCAGUAAGGUUAGCACCUUGUUGGGAAUCUCGGCAUGACGACUUUAAAACUCCUAUUGCUGAAAAUCCACCUACAGAUAGAUUCAAUCUACUUUUCCUGAUCUUAAUUCUUCAUGGAGUUGGUACCUUAAUGCCUUGGAAUAUGUUUAUUACUGCCAGAUCAUAUUUUGUAGACUUCAAAUUAAAAGUUAAUGAUACAGCUUCUACAGAAGAAUACAGAGAACACUUUUUGUCAUAUCUUGGAGUUGCAUCCCAAGUUCCUAAUGUCAUGUGCAAUGCAUUAAAUAUUUUUGUUCAGUUCAGUGGUGGAUCUUUAACGUUCAGAAUAAUAGGCAGCAUUCUUAUUGAAAUUGUUAUUUUUAUUGCUACAAUAUUCCUUGCUAUGGUUGAUUCUUCCACAUGGGCUGGUGUCUUCUUUUAUACAACGAUGGCAUCAGUUGUUGUUAUUAAUAUGGCCAAUGGAAUUUACCAAAAUAGUUUGUAUGGUUUAGCAGCUAAGUUACCUAUGAAGUACUCAAUGGCUAUUGUUUUGGGUUCAAACACAAGUGGUACUUUUGCUUCAUUAAUUCUUAUUCUAUCAAUUGCUGCAUCUCCUAAUCUAAGAACUGCUGCAAUUUAUUAUUUCAUUACUGCUCUCUUUGUCUUGUUAGCCUGUGUUGAUACAUAUUUUGCUCUUCCAUUAAUAAAAUUCUAUAGAUAUCAUGAUAGACUAUCUCAAAAGGCUGUAUCUGAGAGCAGAACUAAUUCUGGUAGACCUCCUUAUUGGAAAAUAUUUUGCAAAACCUGGCCCCAGUGUUUUAAUGUAUUCAUGGUUUUCUUUGUAACUCUUACAAUAUUUCCGGCAAUACAUGCUGAAAUAAAGCAACUUGAUGUUAAUUUUCCUAUUUCAGAAACCUAUUUUACUCCAGUCACGUGUUACUUGUGUUUCAACUUUUUUGCCAUGAUGGGCAGUUUACUACCCAAUUGGGUGAAAUGGCCUGGACCUAGAUUUUUGUGGAUACCAGUCAUCUUAAGACUUUUGAUGAUACCAUAUUUUAUGCUUUGUAACUAUAAACCAGGACGAAGAGUUCUUCCUGUGCUAAUCAACAAUGAUUGGGCAUAUGUAGGAAUGGGAGUAGCUUUAGGAUUAAGUAGUGGUUACUACAGUAGUCUUGCCAUGAUGUAUGCACCAGGAUGUGUCAGUGCUGAACAUGCUCCAAUAGCUGGGAUGAUGGCUGCUUUAUUUUUAGUGGUGGGUAUAAUGUGUGGAGUAAAUUUUACCUUCCUUGUGAAUUGGUUUGUUGAAACGAACUUAUUUUGAUCUGAUAAUUCAUUAAAAAUAUUGAAACAUCAAUUGAAAUGUUCCUCGAAGAAAGAACUGGUGUCAUAAAUCCAUGCUUUAUAUUUUAAAAUAGCGGCGUUCAGAAGGUUUUUGUAUAAAAAAUUUAUAUUAUAUGCAUCUUAAACAAUCAGAUGCUGUGUAUGUGUUAUAUAUGACUUAUUGCAUAGUUUUGUUAUUGCUUUUUAUGCAAGCUGCAUAAUGAGACAAGUCUAAUUUUGACAAUAUAUUCUGUAUUCUGAGUAGUAUGUACUUAAGAUAAGGUUCAUUUUGAUUGUUAUUGAUUUACAUUUAGAUCUUUUAUGUUUGCCGUCCUUUGUUAUCAUUGUCUCUUUAUAAACAUCAUUUCCAUAAUUGUACAAUUUGUAUUACACUAAGGCAUUUGCUGUUGAUUAUUCAUUUACUUUAAAUUUUACAAAACUAUAUUUUAAGGCACAGUUUCUCAAUUUAUGCUGAGCCUCUGGGAUUCUUUUACUUGGGAGUUAAAUAAAUUUGAUAAAGAUAUAUAUAUAUAUUAGCUUUUUUAACUAAAAACAGUGUAUAAAAAAUUAAAAAAACUAUAAACCAGCUUUAAAAUUCCUUGACACGUCUACAUGUAUGCAUACUUAUUUUACUUUAUUUACCAUUAAUCAAUGGAAAGGACCUGUGUUAUCUGACAGACGAUCAAUAUACAUUUAGGUAAAAUCAAACUUUUAUUAAUCUGUAGUUUAUUAUUGGGUUAAAAAAAAAUUGAUCAGAAAGAACAUUAUUCUACUUCAAAAGUAAAGAAAUUUUUUUGACUUGAGUUUUCUACUUAAACUGUGAAAAUAUUCUUUAAAAUUAAACAAAAUGUUUGGAGCUAUUUUUAGUUAACAAAAAUAUCAUUUUAAAUUUUGAGUACAAUUCGCUUAAAAUUAUGAGCUAUUAAAAUACUACUUCCAUCUGCUCAUGCGCAGAAAAUAUUAAAAAAAAUACUCAUAAUUUAUUUAUAAAUCGUAUUUGGCUACUUAUGAAAAAGUUUGAUUUGUUUAUCUUGAAAAUUUAAAAAGUUUCUAACAAUUUUCUAAAUAGUUUUUGUAAAUUUUGGCAGAGAACUCUGAAUAAUAAGGAGUUUUCCACAAAUUUCAUUUUGUACAAUUAAACAAAAUUGGAUUGAAUUGUUUCUUUGCAGGAGAUCUAAUUAUAUAUUUUUCUGAGUGAGAUGCUCAUAUUUUAAGUUAUUAAUUAUUAAAGUUCCUUAUUUUAAUCUACAUUGUCUUAUGCUUUUUUCAUAGUAUGCAAAAACUUUUGAUUAAACUGGGUAUAUUCAAUAGUAUAGUACAUGGCUCAAAAUUUCUACUUACCAGCUCUCAAUUUAUAACUAUAUAUUAACAGUUGUCAAUUAAGCUUCAUUUUUGAAAAUGUUGAAUUUUAAAUUAUCAUUAAAUUAUAUUAAAACACAUGCUUAGAUUAUCGUGCCUUAGUAACACGAAAGUGUUAUAAUAUCAAGCAACAGCAAAAAAAUGCUGGUUCACCCCAUUGUCACCUUUAAAACAUUGUUCUGAAAAAACUGAAACCUUUAAACAGCCUUUGGUCACCAAAAAGUUCUUCAUGCUACAUUUUUUUAACAUUAUUAAAAUAGUUAAUAUUUUUCAGGGAUUGUUAAUAGAGGAGAGUAAAAAUUUUAGUCUGCUUAGUAUCUAUUCUAUCUUCAUUCCCUGUAAUAGCACAUGUGCAAGUAGGGAUAAUUAAACUAAAAAGCUUUCACUAUAGAUUGCUUUUUUUUUUGUACAGGACUCUAUUGAUCAAUGUAUAUGCUUUAAAAAAUGUUAUUUGUACCUAAAAAAAUUUAUUUCUACUACUGCUCUGUAUGAAAAAGUGAAAAUAAAUGUUGAAUGUUUCUUGUCAAAUCUGUAAGCUUCCUUACAGGGCUAGCUCUAUGACAAGGGAAAUAAUAUCCAUUCUCCCUUCUUAAACUUGAUUGUGCAGUAACAUUUUAUACUUUGUUUUUAACUUUUAGUUUAAUUAACAUAUUGAAAUAGUUUUUUUACUAUAUGCCAACCAUUGAUACAUUUUAGAUUUUAAUUCCUAAUAGACAUUUCUAAAAUAAUUUUACCCUUUGUUUGGUCAUGUUCCAAUUCACCAUCUUUGAUUUUAACUUUCUGUUAAGCAAUUGAAGGUUUUGUUAUCUUGUGUCUGAUAUGAUUUGAAUAGAAAAAAGGUUAUGAAAUCAUAAAUCUAAAAUUAUCAUUAGGAUUAUUUCAACAUUAGUUCAAAAUUUUUAACUGAAGUUUUCUUCUGAAAUCCUAUUUCAAAAACGUUUUCCUAUUCUUUUGUCAAAAAUUAAAUCACAUGAGGCUUGUGGUAGUAGACAUGUAUGUGGAAGGAAUUUUUUUAGUAGAUUAUUAUAAUAAGUUUACUUAAAAUUUCCUGUCUCACAAUGGAAUUUUAUUUAUUUUUUUGCAAUUUUUCUUUCUUGAUAAAUAUUGAAUUUGUCCAUUCUUUAAACACUAAAUUACUCAAAACUGCAAUCUACCAUAAAAUUUUAUGUAUACAAUGUAAGCAGGAUUUAUUUACCAACAUACCUUAGUUUUCAUAGCUUUCAACUUAUAUGAUCAUUAAGGAAAUAUGUAUUAAUGUUUAAUCAUGGUUUUUAAGGUUUCAGAAGAAUUUAUCUAUCACAAUGUACCCAUCAGUUGAAAAUUUACUGUGGGCCUCUUACUCAAAGCACAAAAAAUCUUUAUUUUCAUUUUUUAUGGAAUUUUUGAAGACCUUUUAUUCUAAAUUGUAGUUUAAAUAUAGAAAGGAAUUCUCUGCAAUUUUCUUUAAAAAAAAAGUUAAAAAUACUAAAUUUAUUUCUUAGAAAUUUUACUCUGCAGUCCUGAGCCCUGGGACAAUUGUCUGUCUUCCUUUUAUUCUCAUAUUCAUUCCUCGUAUAAAUGUAUGAGAAUCAUGUGUUAAACAAUUUUGAUUUCAAGUAUUGGUAAAGUAUUUUAAUUUUUACAAAUUUUUUCCUACUUUAAUUAAAUUACUAUUUUUAAUCUUUGUAAAAUAUUUUUCAAUGAUGAUACCUAUUAGAAUUUAUAAACAAGUUGUCCCACGAUAUGAAUGAGUUUAACAAAUAGUUUUUAUGUUUUAAAAUGUUUGUGAACUGCUGACUUAAGGUAUGUUUCAAGUAUUCAUAAAACUUCAUUUUUAAACAUUCAUUGCUCUUUUCUCCGGACUUUUAGGCAUGAAUUAUUUAUUUUGUGAUUAUUUAUGAAAAGUAUUUCUUUUAAAGAUAACUAUAUUUUGUAUCAUAUUUCCUAAAAAUAUGUGUUAAAAUUUUUGAUGUAUUUUUUUGUCUAGCGAUCGACGCAUCUUUUUUUUUGUUUGUUAAUUAUUGUAACUCAGACUUUGUAUUAGGCAACUUAUAGUAUCAUCAUGAUUUCAUGACACAUCUUUUUUUUUUGUUAAUUAUUGUAAUUAAGACUUUGUAUUAUGCAACUUAUAGUAUCAUCAUGAUUUCAUGACAGUACAAAGAAACAGUUUUGAGUGUUUAUAUUUCUCAGUAUUGAAAAUUAAAUGUAAAAAUGUUAUAUUUAUGGGUGUUUAAAUUUUUUUUUAUAUUUAUGGGUGUUUAACCCACUGAUGGUUCUGCAUGUAAAAAGUCGUAUUUUAAACUGCAGUCUUAUCUGCUUAACAAAAACAUUUUCCUAUUUUGCCCAUUUGCUAAACUGUCAGUGGGUCAAAAAAAUUGUUUUCAUUAAUAAAUGAUCCAAAUCAGUCAAAGGAAUAAUUCAGCUGAACUGAUUCCUUUUGUUCAUUGUUCAUAGAGAUAAUUAUGCUAAAAAUCAUAAAUAGCUGCCGAGUUGUUUUAGCAAAAGCAAUUUUAUGAUUUGUAGUCAUUUUUUAAGUAGAAAAAAAAGUGGCAACUACUUCUUUGAUUGAAAGCAUUUAUGCAUAAGUUUAAUAGUAUGUACUAAUUUUUCAGUGGAAAAGUCACUAGCUUAUAAUCUAUUUUUAUAAAUUUAUAAAUAUUUAAAAAAAACUUAAGAUGUCUAGUACAAAAGAGCGUGAACAUUGAAAUGCAUGUAUAUAACUAGCAAGUUGUAUGAAGAAAAAUAAAUAUUUCAUAAAAUUGUUUGUCUGUGAUUAACAACUCUUUUGCUUAUUUAAUGAUACAUUUAGUACAUGUGAAUUUGUCACAGAUAUUCUUUGAGCUGAUGAAAACAGCCUAUCUUCAUUAAUAUGUUGUUAAUACAAAUAUGCAUUUAUUUAUAAAAUAUUUGUAUUCUAUUUGUCCAAACUGGAUGGUUUUCAAUAAAGUCAUUAGAAAUUGAUCUAACUGUAAAAUUAUAAUUUUUUUCCUUCCAAAUAUUAGUUUUUAUUGGAAGUAUAGAUUCUACUAUUGUAAAAUUUCAAUGGAAAAGAACAUUUUAGACUCUUACUUAAGUUUUAUAAUUGUAAUGAAUAAAGUUAAUUAGCUUUAUUUUAUAUUUAAAAUAAAUAUUAAAAUUUUAUGUAGGUUUUUUUUCAAACGCAUAUUUUGGAAAAUUUAUUUUUAUUCCAACAUUAAAAUUUAACUUGAUAUUGUAUGCUAAAUUUUAGAAUAGUAAUAAGAAUAAAGAGUGCAAUCUGACAUUUGCAAAGUCUUGUGUAAUUGAAACAACUGAGUUACUUGAAUAUUUAUAUACAUAUCGUAAAUGAUUCAAACUUUGGUGAAAUCACAAGAAACUUUCCAUUCAAUUUGGCAAGUCUUAUGUCUGAUAUCUUAUUAUGAAAAAGUUUUUAUCACUAUUUUUAAGUUAAUUACUUAUUUUUUUAGAAAAAAGUCUAUAUUUUCAAGUUUGGAAAAGGUUUAAAAAAUUCUUCUUUGUGUCUUCUGCUCAAAUACUUUCCUCCGUGUUAUUUUUUUCGUUUAUUUUGUGAAUGAUUUCUUUUAUUCUAAAUAAAAAUAGACACCUUAUCUACACCUUUUAAAAAUCAAAUUUUUUUUAACGCAAGCUGCUUGAGGUGAAUGCUAAAUGCAAUAUUUUAGAUUUCUCGAAUCGGAAUUAAUAUUUCAAAAUAUGUAUGCUAUGUUGUAAAAAAUUUUUAAUUACGUAAUUAUACUAAAUUUUUGGUAUUUAUUUUACAGAUACAGUAAACGCUUGAACUUAGGUUUCAUUUAAUAUAUUUUUGGGGGGAAAAUCUUUGAGCUCAAAUAUUUUAUCAGUGUGUUUGUCAUGCCUUAAAUUUCAUUGCAAUUUUGAGGUUCAAAAAGUCACCUUGUUUACUGGCAAGUAUUGUACUUACUUAAUAUUGUGAAAACAUUUUUUUAAAUCAAAGUAUAUCUUGUAAGUUGUGUAAGUAUAUUGCCAAAUAUGAUUUUCUAAUAAGCAACAUGAAUAUUUUUAUUUUUCCUUUUGCAGUGAUAGUGAUGUGAUUGCUGCACGGAGUUUGACAUUUUUGCACAAAAUUGAUUUAAUCUUCAUUGAUACUAGCUGUAUUUCUAACUGCUUCCAAAUUCUUUCAGAUUUGCUUAUUAUUUUAAAAAUGUUAUUUCAGAACUUCUCUAAAAAAUUUAAUUUUUGCUAAAGAUAUAUGUUUUUCUUUUAAUUCAGUUUCUAUGACCAAGAUUUAUAUUGAUGCCACUUUAAAACAAAAACUUGUUGUCUAAUUACAAUUUUUGGUAGAACAAUAUUAUCCUCAAAACAUUAAAAUUGCCAAACCAGAAAAAAUUUUUAUUCUCAAUCACAUCACUGUUAUACUUGUUAUAGUUAUUUUUUUUUUAAAUUUUGGAUUUUUUCUUACAGCAUUUAUAUUUACAUUUUUGUACUGUACUUAUAAAAAGUGUAUAUACUAUUCUGUAUAAUUUUCCUUCAACAUUAUAUAUUAACCUCUACAUUAAAGUAAAUAUUUUUGUAUUCAUAUUUUUCUUUGUACUGCCAAAAAUAAGUUCACUGCAUAAAAUCUUGUAUACUAAAUGUAACAUAGAAAUAUGGAUUCUUUCAAUGUGCGUCACAAAUUUUAUGAUCUUUUAUUGUUCAGAUCUGCCUUUUUAUACUAAAUUGUUAUAAUAUUUCUAAAAUAAUAAAAAAGACUGACUUACA